AUGGCCGGGGGGAGGAGCGGCCACGGGGAAAAUGCUCUGGCUGCGGCAGGUCGCCACGUGGCGGGAGUGGGGAAGCACGUGGAAGGCGCGUGCCGAGCCAUGUGGGUGGAAGUGUCCAAUCACGGGCAGAAGCGCGAGUACCAACUUGUGGGGGGCGGCGGCGGUUUGAUUGAGGGGCACAUCGUACCAGACACGCGCUCCAUCCCCGAUCGCCUCAUAGCCGCCUUCAAGGACAAGUUCUUCCCCAUGGGUUAUCCUGACAGCGUGGCAGAGGGCUACAUGCUGUUCUCGCAGUACAGGGGCAUUCAGCACAUUGCUGUGGCUGCUCUCAACGUGCUCUCCACUCAGUCGCUGCUCUUUGCGGCAGGCCUGCGCCCCACGCCAGCACAGGCGACCAUAGUGAGCUGGGUGGUGAAGGACGGCAUGCAGCAUGCCAGCAAGAUCGCAGCCAGUCGUCUCGGGCGCAGCAUGGACGCCGAUCCCAAGCGCUGGCGCGUGGCCGCUGACGUCGUAUGCGAUGUGGGGGCGUUUCUGGAGUGCCUCUCCCCGCUCAUGCCCCACCGCUUUUUGUUGCUCGCCGGGCUUGCCAACGCGGGGAAGGGCCUAUCACUGGUGAUAGCUCGUGCCACGCGUCUGCCGCUGUACGAUGCAUUUGCAAAGGAGGGCAACAUCAGCGAUCUGUACGCCAAGGGCGAGGCCAUCAGCGUCCUCUCCUCCCUCGCUGGCCUGGCCCUCGGCCUCAAACUCGCCUCCUCUGUCUGCCAGACAGCACAAGCUAAGCUGGCAGCAGUGCCGGUGCUGGCGGCGGUGCAUCUGUGGUCGGUGACAGAGGAGAUGAGGGCCGUGCCAAUCAACACUCUCAACGCUCAGCGCACCAACGUUCUCAUCAACCACUUCCUCUCCAGUGGCGAGCUACUGAGUCCAGUGGACAUGCGGUGGAGGGAGAACAUUGUGAAGCCCGACCCGCCGCUCACACUGCCUGCUGCCCACCGCCUCGCCCUCCAGCCUGCACCACAUGAUGCAAUCAGAGCUUGGCUGCUAGCGUCCUGCAUCAGCCAGGCAAUCAGCAGAAAGGCACAGGUAGCUGGAAAGAGCAGCACAGGGGGUGCUGGAUGGGGUGACUGGGAGGGGAGUGUGCGGGAGGCAUAUGGAGAGAUGGAGCAGCUGCUGCCACACAUGCUCAGGGGGUUGAAAGACAAGGAAUGGCACACUCAUUCGUUCCUGCAGGGCUCCACAGCUAGGAGGGCAGUGUGGUGA